CAACUGGGCCGCCCCGCAACGGACGCCAGCAACGUCCUCUACAAUGUUAUCGUACACUGGACUCUCCUCUCCACCUUCCCAAGAAAGGGAGAACCGAAAACAGAACCUCCUCCUCGCACCAAGACGACGAAGAUGCUGCGCCUUCUCGCCUCGCUUCUUGCCAUCGCUGCCAUCGCUGCCACGGCUGACGCCGAGGUGAGUGGGGAAUGGCUCACUGCCCACGGUUGACGCACCCAACUUUUUUCCCAGAGGUCAGUGGGCAAAUACACCCUGGAAGUGGAGCACAGCGGCCAGUGCCUGCAAAUCAGCUCGUACGAUGCACACAGAGUGGGGAGAAAGGGGUGCAGUGCAUUGUGGCUGUGGAUGUAUCCUCCCUCGUGUGUGUGCAUUUUGUUAUGCAGUGAUGGAGACGAGAAGCCGGUGCGCCAGAACCCCCAAGCAUGUAGUGGGGACGACAAAGGGGCGGUCUGGGAGUUGGUCCAGAAGAGGAGUGGGAGAGGGUUUAGCUACAAGGUAUAGCGCAUAAUCCUCAUGUGUCCCACACUGAAUGCGUCUCUCUCUCUUUCUCUCCAUGCUUGUGUGUGGACAGCUGAAGGUCACACCUGGUCAGGUGACGACCUGCCUGGCCGUGCUCAAGGGCAGCACUCGCGACAAGGCGGCUGUCGUCCACGAGAAGGCAUGCAACGGUGCCAACUCUGACUGGAAACUCGAGAGGAAGGGCGACGGCUUUAUUCUCCGCGCCGUCCACAGCGGUGCGUGCACUGCGUUAUGUUGCCAUUUGAUGAUUCUACUUGUUGUCCGCUGUAGGCCAAUGCCUGCACGUCAAGGAUGCCAGUCAGAAGAACAACUUCGUGGUGCUCCAAGGGUCGGAGUGCGACGGCGACCACUUCAUCUGGAAGCUCAAAAGACAGAGACGUUGAGGGGAGGUGGGAGCCCCCUUGCCAUGGCGGAGUAGUACAGCCGCCGUGCUGACGCUUUGGUGCAGCUGUCUGUGUGGGGUCGUGCUGUGUAUGUAUGAUUGUCCUGACGUCUUGAGGGUGUGGGCACACCAACCAAUCAUGUUAGCUGACACAUAGGUGCUUUUCCCGUGCAGGGUCCGCAAUUGACGUGUUGUCUAUGUGUUCUGCGCGCCAACUGCGUGCGCUGGUGUAUUUGUGCAUGGACACCGACACAUUACAUGGGUAUACGGGACAAAUGAGAUGAAAGAAAUCCUUCGC